GGAAGCGAACCUAUUUUUGGAUUCGUGUCUCAUUGAUGCACGUGCUAAAGAUCGGACCGUUUCACAAUGUGUCAAAAAAUGUCCCUCAUCAAUCGUUACGUCCUUUAAAGCGCCGAGGAUGCUUGAUAUCGGAUCGGAAUAUUUCAAUAUAAAUAAUAUAGAUUGUUUUAUUGCUUCGACGUCAUUAAUUUCUCGUUACUCGUUCGCACAGGCUCGAACUAAGGCCUGUGAAGCAGAUUGUCAGUCAGUAGAUAUAAUAUUGUAGCGCAAUGAAUUCGUACAGAAAGAAGAAAGAGGAGUUACUGUUGGAGGUCCUAGACCUGUUUUUAUUGCCAGAUUACAACGUUGUCUCGACAACUUAUUUAGAUCACUUGCUCAGCCAUAUUGCAGAAAAUACAAAAGAAUGUACCACAGUCGACUACGAAUACUGUGAAGUUUUUCAGAAGUGGAUACCAAAAGCUUUGGCGAUAUGGGAGUCUGGACAGAAAGCGUCGCAGCCUGUGAUGACAUUUACACUGAAGCUAGUCGGGAUUAUUUCACGACAUGAAUUACGUUAUCACUACUGGCAAUGUCAGGAUGUAUACAACCGACUUUAUAAAAUUCUGCAAUUGCAUAGAGAUGAUCUAUCGGCGUCCAUUAAAAUGGCAUAUACGACUAUGUUGUCAGAUUUGAGUGUUCAUCGAAGUGGCAGGCAAUGGGUAAUACAAUCUGGUGUAUGGAAAGAUGUCGUAAAAUACGCACAUUGGAAUCAAACGAUGUAUGUUACCAGAGAGAGCCAAAGAUUCCUAUGGACCUUGUUAUUGCACGAACAGAGGAACAUUGAGACAUGCAAAGAGAUCAUUUUAGCAGUCGCUGCACCUCUGAUGAAUAAUAUUCUAGAUGUACAGAUGCAUCAGGCUCUGGAGGAGAAUUAUCUAGAGCAAAAUAAACUGUUAUGUUCCACGUUGGACUUACUGACCAGCAUCCUGGAGAAUACGCUUUUUGCGAGUCUGGAUAACAGCAUCCCCGAACUAAUCGAAAAACUUGUGGAUCUCGAGAUGCGGGUGAAAGCGCUGUUUGAGGCCUGCAUUAGCACUAGAUUUUUCCAACAUGUGCACAAAUUACUGUUAUUAUCGCUGUUCUUGAAAUUGAAACAAGGAAUCAAGGAGGAUACCACAAUGCUCGAUCUCGAUAGAUGGCACAAGUUCUGUUAUGGUUUGUGCUACAUUUCGAUGAUGUUAUUAUCGAAGAAGUACAUUAUAGAGUUGGUGAAAGACAACAAAUUUGCUAUGGUAUAUUGGAAAAAGCUGCGUGCGCUGCGGGAAUUCAGUCUGCCAGAACAACACAAGUUGGAACAUCAAGCUAUUGCCCUAAUGAUACUACCAUUGUGCGUGUGUAUAAAAAAGAAUCAUAUGAAUCACGACCUAUUCGAUAUGUUCGUUAAUAAAAUUUUCGAUGUUACAUGUACUACCGUACAAAGAUUAGCUUAUAAUAUGAGAGACAUUAUUCGAAAAGGAGAUCUUCCGAUAGAACGGAUUUGUAAAACUUCUAUCGAUUUGCUUCUUGAGAUAUCUGACAUAAUGGACAGAGAUGUAGCUGUGAUCACCUUUCAAGCUUUGUGCCACGUUUUGAAGAGUUACAUGCCAGAUAUGUGGGGCGGAUGUGGAACGCGCGAGAGAAGGAAUUACGUGCCAUCAGAUGUAAACAGCACUUCACCUUCGGAACAUCCGCGAAAGUUCCUAUAUAAAUCAAUAUUGGAUGGCGAUCCUAUAGUCGACUAUCCUAUUCUAUUGGCAUCGUUGCUAGAUGGUUUGGCCAUCAUGACGGAGAAAUUCAAACUAAAAUGGCAGGAAUGCGUGGAAACGAUAUGCGUACUAUCUCUCGCGCAAGAGAUUCUCAAUCAUUCCGGAAUAUUGCCAUUGAUUUGUGUGAAGGCGUUGAAAUUGUGCAAGCUCGCUAUCCACAACUUUAUGCCACCUAAUUUGGCAUUACUUGUGGAUUCUGACAGCAAUAUGAACGAGAUUGGGCCAACAUUCUACAAAAGAUUACAUGACCCCAACUGGGAGGUGAGAGACAGCGUUCUUGAGGUUCUCAACACCAUUGCAACGAUUUCUGAAGACAAAUAUCCAGCGUUCCAAGAUUUCCUUUUGAACAAUCAGUUAUUGAAAGUAGCGGUCGAGAUCAUUAAAACAGACGGCGAGAGUUACGUACGAGCAUCAGCGUUAACAUUCAUUGCAACUACAGUUCGCAUCAAUAAAUUAUGGGAACAGCAACUGUCGCAAGUGGAUUUAACUGAAACUGCGAUUUAUCUACUCGAGAAUGAGAGUGAAGCAAUAGUCAGGAGAGAAGCUGUGAAUCUAAUCAAGGAGUUAUACGUUCAUCAAAAGUGGUCGAAGGAGAUCAUCGAUUCGAUGUUGCGAGCGAUGUGCGUGGCAGCCGUAUUCGAUCUACAUUGGGAGGUAAAGACGAACGCGUUAUCCUUCUGGGAUCAUUUCGUCAAGUCACACUUGACGGACCAGGGAAUGCUCGACGAUUGCUUUCCAAAUGUGACGUUCUCUAAAGAGCAUAGAAAAAUCAUGGCAUUGAACGAAACCGAAAUUAAACGGAGGCUCAACAAAGCGUUAGAUGAGCUGGCGAGGCAAAAUUGCUUAGGUGUACUUUUGGUCACUUUGAAAGAUGAUAGCGACUUUGAGGUAUGCAAAGCGUCCGCCGCGAUAAUUGGCAAGCUAAAAUCCUGCCUACUCAAAUAUAAGCUGGACGAACCACCUUCGGCAGUAGAAAACAAUUCAACGAUGGAUACUGUAUAUAUUAAAGAAACAUUACCCGUUUCAUCAUUUAUCUGCGAUGAGAAAACGCGAAAUGCUUCACAUAUUAUCGAAGAGAUCGUGGACGCAAACGAUGCCAAUUUGCUCGCGACUAUCUAUAAGAAUUCGAUGAACAUGGAUACCGAGAUGACGAUGGAAGAGGAAGAGAAGGAGGAGAAGAAGACACUCCGUUACAUCUCGUCUGUGACACGCCAAAGUUUUCUCCACGCAAUUUUCAACUGUGACAUCAAUGCUUACAUCGAGGAGAAGAAUCGCUGGUUAAAGACGUAUACCAGCAGCUUUGAAUCAAUAUUAGAUGAUAUAUUGACAAUGUACAAGAAAAAUGAUGUCAAUUCAAUGGAUUGCUACUGAAUAUUGUAACAAUGUCGUUUUAUACAUGUGUCUUAACACAUUAAAAGCCAGUGGCAUAAAAUUAGAUUUUGUGAUGAAAAUUAAUUAGUAGAUAAAUUAAUUAGUAACACUAAACAAUUAAUUAGUAGAAAUUUAUCAUAAAAAAGACUUUUAAUACUUAAAUGCACAAAUGUUAAUUUAUUGUUAAAAUUAUUUCUCAUAUUUGAUUUAGACUACGGUCUAUUUAGCACUUACAAAUGCUUCGAAGCGUUUGGAUUAAUCAAAGAAAUUUAUUAAUUGAUCAAUCAAAAAAUGCUUCGAUAUAUUUCUAAUACCAAGUAGACUGCACCCUUUUGCUGACUAAUUUGUGAAAAAUGUUAUCGAUCGAUAGUGUGUUAAGUAACAUAUGUAUAUUUCUUCUUUGUAUCAAAACACAUGUUAAAUGAGUAAUUGUUAAAUGUUACAUAUUGAAUGCGGGUUGAUGUAUAUAUUUCAAUAUGUUCCUCUGAAAUGGUUAAAAUGAAGCGUGAAAAAUAUUUUUGUAAAAGAAUCCUUUAACUAUGAGAACAUCGAGAACUACGAAUCAAAUAUUCUGCUGCACUUGAAUUUUUCUUAUGUAUUUUAUUUUCUUAUGUAUUUUUAAUCUGCUCUUUUAUUCUAGUGAUAUAUAUACAUGUAUAUUUUUCUUUUUUUCUCUUUUGAGACAUAGCAAGAGGCUGUGUAAUGUUUAUUCGUGUAAUAUUCUUUUACCUGUAAUGAAAUACACUUAAUAACAUUAA